UUAAUCCUGACAUCAUCAGUCAAUUGCAUUUUGAAUUCGAUACGCUCAGUUUGUUGUCAAAAUUCAAAAAUGAAAUCCUUCAUUGCGUGCGCCGUUUUUGUAGUCAUCAUUGCCACGGUAAGCAGUGCCCCACAGUUUGGAUUUGGAUCGUCCGGAGCUGGAGCCAACGCGGCAUCCCAAGGCAUGGGCAUGGGAGGUGGAUUUCCCGGCAUGGGUGGUGGAAUGAGCUCCUCGAACGCGAACGCUGGUGCCCAAGGCUUCGGAAUGGGCGGUGGAUUUCCCGGAAUGGGUGGAGGCAUGGGUUCCUCUUCGGCAAAUGCUGGCGCUGGUUCUCAAGGAAUCGGAAUGGGUGGAGGCUUCCCCGGAAUGGGAGGUGGCAUGAGUGCAUCGAAUGCAAACGCUGGAGCACAAGGAAUGGGAUUUGGCGGAUUUGGUGGAUAAACGAUAGAUGUGUAUAGUAAACGCGACACUCAUAUUAGUUUAUUAUUUUAAAACUUCCACUCUAGUCAUCAUUACCGUUGAGAAACAUUUUAUGUUUGGAAUAUAUAUAACAUAUAAUAAUUAACGAUGCUGAAUAAGAUGUAUUAAUAGCCGAUGACACAUUGAUCCCAUGUAGUAUACUGAUUUCAAAUUUGUAAUAAAUGAAACUCAACUUUCCAGAUACGAUUAAAGAA